ACAGGCUUUGCCGAGGCGAAGACUGCGGCUCCUUCUUGUUGAUUCACAGUAACCUUCCUCACUUUCCAAAUUGCGACGAAAUUCCAAGUAGCCCCCACCCGAAGACAGAAAAAACCAAGCAAUACCAUGAACAUCAAAGGACUAUUCGCGUUUGCACUGGUCACCCUCGCUGGAAUUGCCAACGCCGACGCCGAGAACCACGUUGCCCGGGAAUUGCAGGUGGCCGACUUCAGCACGAAGUUACUGAACUCUGUGAACGCCAAGCGAGCGGAGAAGGGUCUCAAGCCCGUCUGCAUCAACACGAAGCUUGCAAAGGCGGCGCAGAUCCUUGCUGACGACAACGCCAAGAAUAACAAGGUCAGCACUCGUGGAUCGGACGGCUCCACUCCCACUUCCCGUUACGAGGCCCAGGGCAUUGACACCGCGCAGUCCGCAGAACUCGCUGCUGCCGGUCAGGCUAGCGCGGAUGCCGUGGUGGCCACAUGGGUCAAGUCUUCCAGCGCGUAUCUCUUCAGCGAUUUCAAGUUCAUCGGUCCUGGUUACGCCUACGACAAGACGAAGCUGCACAAGCACUACUGGGUCAUGGACAUGGCCAACGCCGAUGGCGAGGUCUGCGCUUAGACGGCAACUGCCAUGCCAAUGCACUUUUAGCAUUUUGAUAGCGAAGUACCAUCGAUAACAUCGUAAUUCCAUCGAUAUUUUUUGUACACUCA